GCCUCCUGGCGAACCAACUCUCAAGGCACUGACUGGCAACAUGCAGAGACAAAAGUGAACGAGAUAUUGUCAGAUAGAUAAUUGAGUGAGUUGUUUGGUAAACGGCUUGGGAAUGUUUAACGCUUUUGUUUUGUUCUGUUUGCCCUUGUGUCGUCUGGUUGAUGUGACCGAUGCAGUGAAGUCAGUGUCAGUGAAUGAGGGAGAUUCUGUCACUCUAAACACUGAUGUCACUGAAACACAGCAAUAUUUGAUGAUACAGUGGACGUUCGGCAGCACAAGAAUCGCUGAAUUUAACAGGCUCACACAAACUAGCUCUAAGUAUGAUGAGAGAUUCAGAGACAGACUGACUCUGGAUCAAACCGGAUCUCUGACCAUCACAAACAUCACAACCUCAGACUCUGGAUUUUAUCAACUAACACUUGUCAGUGGAGAGACCAAAUACAAGGGUUUCAAUGUUACUGUCAAUGAAAGACCAUCAAGCUCCAAUUGUGUGACGUCCAGCUUUAUGGUGAACGAUUCAAACGUCAACCAGACUGAGGAUGACAACAACACUGAACUCUAUCAGCCAAAUUCAGCCCACAUCAACUGUUGUAGUUUCACUGAAGCUGUGAUCCGAUUGGCUCUCUCGGCUCUGGUGGGUGUGGCUGCUGUUGCUGCUCUGGUUUAUGACAUCAGAUCUACAAGAAGAGAGCUAAUCAGAGAAAAAGAGACCAGACAUCACUGUCAGACUCCUGGAGUCAUAUUAGACCAACAGUGUGAAGUGAGCAGAAGCUUUAGUUCCAGAUAUGUAUAAAGCAGAUAUAAAGUAUACUUACAUUGAUUCUCGUUCAAACAGUUGUGUGUGGACAUGCGAUGCACAUGAUACACUAUGAUGUGUAUGUGAGCUUGUGAGUCGAAGUGAAACUGUUUGUAAAAGAGUCCAGCUUGUAGAGGAAUUAAGGUCAAUGGGGGCAAAGAAACCUCAUAAUUCAAAUUGUACAUGUCCAAACCGAUACUCCACUUUUUUUUGGAAAUAGGCUAAUUUUACAAUUCCCCCAGAGCUAAACAGUUGGGUUUUACCGUUUUCCAAUCCAUUCAGCCUAUUUUCGGAUAUCUAAUAUCGGUAACCAGAUUGGUCUGGUUUCUGGUCUCAUUGACUUUCAUAGUAUAUUUUUUUCCUACUAUGGAUUCAAAAACGUAAAACCCAACUGUUUAACUCUGGGGUAGUUGUAAAAUGAGCCUAUUUCCAAAAAAAGUGGAGUAUCCCUUUAAACAACUCCAUCCACACAGAAGAUUCUACUUUGGCUCCCCCUUAUGUCUAAAUACGCAAACACACUCUGAUUUACGGGCCUAUGCAUGUUGUAGUUCAAUGAGAGUAUAUAGGCGCUUUUCCACUGCAUAGUACGGUACGGUUCGGUACGGCUCACUUGUGGUGCUUUUCCACUGCAUGGU